AAUGAAAACGAGCAUUGUAAAUUCACUCAAGAAAAGUUAAUGGUGGUGUACGUUUCGUUAGAAAUUUGUAGCGCAAGUUGUUAAAAAAGUAAAAUAAUUUUAAAUUAAUUAUUUAAAAACACACACUAAAAAAAGAAGCAAACACAAAUAAUAUACAUCUAGCAAAAAGGAAUACAAAGUAAAUUAUUUAUUUAUGAAGGUUUACAUAAAAUUGUUAUACAAAAUCUACAAAAAAUAAUUAAAAAAAAGAAAGAAAAACCCAAAAAGAGUGUUGUAUAUUUGCCAAAAUCUCCUCUCUAAUAGUCUAUUGAUAAAUACAGUGUUUUUUACAACCAACAACAACAAAUGCAAAAAAUACAAUUUUAAUUAGGAAGAGAAAAAAUAUAAUAAUAUAAAGUGUAUUUUAUUAUAUUUAUUAAAUCAUUUUCUAAUUUGUUGAAUUUAUUAAAACACAGUGGAUUUUAAACAAAGUGAGUGUCAGACAAAUAGCCAGACAAACGUUUAAAAUAAAAAGGCGACUUGCAUUAGAAGAAAAAAAUAACAAAAAAAGGAAAUUUUUCAUAAAUUUAAAUAAAUCUAAAAAAAAAGUACGAAAAAAGAAUUUCAAACAAAUUUUAUUAAACAAGUGCAAAACAGUGAUAUUUUUUUUUUAAACAAAAGCAAAGUUUUAAAAUCCCUGAACAAAUAAUUAAUGAGGAAAUAAAACAGAUUUAUUCAAAUUCUUAAUAAAAUUUUCGAAAAGAAAAGCAAUUUAACAAUAAAUAAACAAACAAAUAAAAAAUAAACCAAGUGAUAUCGACUUUUUAUUAUUAUUAUUUUAUUGAUGUCGUCGUUGUCUUUUCUGUAAAAUUAAAAAAAUACAGCCCAAGUAAAUACAUAAAAAAAAAGUAUUUAAACAGCAACAUCAAAUAAAAAAAGACAAAAUAAAACGGGUUAAGCAAUUAAUGUCUACAUAAUUUGUACCCCGUUUGUAAAGAAAGAAAAAAAAAAACUAAAGCACCGAAGACAUCGCCAAGGCUGCUGCUUCAUUAUUCAAACACUACAGCUACUAAUUGUUGUUUAACGCCAAAAAAGAAAGAAAGAGAACGUUACAAAAGAAUCUUUCUAAUCUAAAACAUAAUUAUAAAAAAAAAACAUUGUUUUUUUGCCCAAAAAUUGCCAGUCUCAAGAACAUCUUAUUGUUUCAAAAACAAAUUACAAAAACUUGUCAAAAGGCUAAAGAAAAAAAUUCAAGAAUUUACCAAGGAACCAUAAUUUUUUGAAAACUAUCAUCAUCCAUCUACAAAUAUUUUCCAUCUAUCAUCAUCUAGAAAACAUACACAAGACAGACGGACACAUCCCAGCAUAUUGUUGUUAAUGUGUAAAUGUAUUUUUUCACUUGGAUUUAAAACAAACAAAAAAACGGAAUAAAAAGAUAAUUAACUUUCUCAUAUUAUUUUUUUGCAUUUUAUAAAUGAAAAUAAAAAUUACAAUCAACCAAAUAAAAAGAAAUACAUUUCAACAAAUUUCAAUAAAAAAACAAAAUUGUUAUAAAACAAGAGGAGCUUAAAUGAAACGUUAAAAGACACCACCAAUUAAUUUAUUAUAAUUGUUACAAACAUUUAUUUGUUUCUUAUUGGACACAAAAUAAACAUAAAAACAAAUCCAGAGGAGCAAACAGGAGCAUAACAAACAACAAGUAUAUUGUUAUAAAUAAACAAAAGAAUCUACAAACAUUACGUAUAUUUAUAUAGAAUAUAUAUAUACAAACAAACAACAACAAUUUAAACAUUUUAAAUAACAAAGUUAUUUAUUUAUAAAUUCAAAUUUAAAUUAAAAAAGAAACAACCAAACAAAACCAACCAACCCAACAACCCCCCAAAAAAAGCAAACAAAACAAACACACAGUUAAAAUGGAGGACAAUAACACAAGUACGCAAACUAAACAUGAUGAUACAUCGGUUACAUUAACAAUAAGGCUGAUUAUGCAAGGAAAGGAAGUUGGCAGUAUUAUCGGCAAAAAAGGAGAAAUUGUUAAUAGGUUUCGCGAAGAGUCGGGGGCAAAAAUCAAUAUAUCUGAUGGUUCUUGUCCGGAGCGUAUUGUAACGGUGUCUGGUACAACCAGUGCAAUCUAUUCGGCAUUUACCUUAAUCACCAAGAAAUUUGAAGAGUGGUGCUCUCAAUUUAAUAAUGAUGUUGGUAAAGGUGGUAAAACACAAAUACCCAUACGCUUGAUUGUGCCUGCCAGUCAAUGUGGAUCGUUAAUUGGCAAAAGUGGUUCAAAAAUUAAGGAAAUACGUCAGACAACAGGCUGCUCUAUUCAGGUGGCUAGUGAAAUGUUACCAAAUUCAACUGAACGUGCCGUUACCUUAAGUGGUACUGCUGAACAAAUAACUCAAUGCAUCUAUCAAAUUUGUCUCGUUAUGUUGGAGUCGCCUCCUAGGGGUGCUACCAUCCCUUAUAGGCCAAAACCCCAAGUGUCAGGACCUGUCAUCUUGGCUAAUGGACAAGCAUUCACCAUACAGGGCAAUUAUGCUGUACCCGCACAAGAGGUGGCUAAAAAUCCGUUGGCUAGUUUGGCAGCAUUAGGUUUAGCCGGUAUGGCACCGGCUAAUACUGGCGGUCUUAAUCCCACAGCUUUGGCUGCUCUAGCUGGUUCACAGUUGCGUACCGCAAAUACAAAUCGUGCUCAGCAGCAACAGCAUGAAAUGACUGUUUCAAACGAUUUGAUCGGUUGCAUUAUUGGCAAAGGUGGUACUAAAAUUGCCGAAAUACGUCAGAUUUCUGGUGCAAUGAUACGCAUUUCAAAUUGUGAAGAACGUGAAGGUGGCAACACCGAUCGCACCAUCACCAUCAGUGGCAAUCCAGAUUCUGUAGCCUUGGCACAAUACUUAAUCAAUAUGAGCGUCGAAUUGCAGAAGGCAAAUCUCCAAGAGGCAAAUAGUGCAACAACAGUUAAUGGUACCACUGCCGCAACAAACGGAGGGCAAAUCAAUAGUAGCAACAGCAACACUAAUCCAACAAACACAAAUAAUAUAAACACAACAACAUCCACAUUAAGUAACAAUAUUUCGAAUAGCAAUAACACUAACACAACAACAUCAUCAUCAUCCCCAAUAAACACAACAACAAGUGUUUUGAACUCAAACAAUACAUCAUCUACAACAUCAACAUCAACACCACCACCAACACCACUAACAAAUCCUUUAGCAGCAGCUGCCAGCUCAUUAGCUUCAGCCAUACCACUGGCCCAAUUACUGGCCAAACCAGGAGCACUUAAUGCCCUUACAAGUCUUACCGCCCUCGGUAGUCUGUCCGAUUUAUUAGGAGGUCUGGCCACAUUGGGUGGUCCACCAGUCCAAACCACUGGUGUCAUUCGCACCAAAACUUUUGCUUCAUCACGUUUUCGAAAUCAUAAUUCGGAUGGCAGCGCCGAACCCGAAAAAGCUCGAAACAAAAUUCAAUCCCUAUUGAAACAACCACUAAGAAGACUAUGAAGUGUGCUGAGUAUU